AUGUCUCGAUGGGGACGCCUAGGUCUUCUCGUCGGUAUCGUAUGCUCGGCCUUCUUGAUCUUGACCUUCUGGUACGCGGCGAACUCAGAUCAGGAUAAUAUUCCGCCUCUCUUGACCCAGAUGAUUCCAGCUGGCCAUGCGACCUGCCAGAGCGCAACAGUUUUCCAAUGUUCUAGCUGCCUUGAGCAGCACUAUUCUUCUGUCAAUGAUACCGGUGCCGAGCUUUGGACCUAUGAGUACGCCCGCGACGGCCAGAACGAAGGGUUGAGUGAAGCGCAAUGCAACGUCGCUUUUCCUGGACUCUUCGAAGACAUCAACCUAGCCACGAAACAUUGGACUUCAAAUGGCAAGAUCAGCACGCAAAGGCUAGACCGCGUUCAUCUCGAAAAUGGUAUGACGCGCGCAAUGAUCUUCGAGGGGAAUCUGUACGUGGUACAGACGAGAUCCAAAGCAGAGGACCACCGUCGCAAGACUAUUGCAACUCUGAACUCGAUACAUCGAGCACUAUCCGCGGCGCCGGAUCGUCGAAGCAUGCCGAAUAUCGACUUCAUCUUCUCCAUCGAGGAUAAGGCGACAGAUGUGACAGGCAGCAAGACUCUGCCACUUUGGGUCCUUGCUCGCAAGGCUUCUGAGCAGUCGUACUUCCUCUUUCCCGACUUUGGCUAUUGGGCUUGGGACAAUAUGAUCGGCAAGAUGAACAACGAGAUUGGGCCUUACGAUGAAGUCGUCGACAAAGCCUUGGCCCGUGAGCGUGAUAUCACCUUCCGCGACAAGGUUCCUGAGCUUGUUUGGCGCGGAAAACUUUCUUUCGCGCCCAAGUUAAGGAGAGCGCUUCUUGACGCUGCGAGGCGAAAGCCAUGGAACAAUGUCAAGGAGCUGAACUGGAUGGUCAAAGACAACUACCUGGCUCUGGAUGAACACUGUAAAUACCAGUUCAUUGCUCACGUCGAAGGCCGAUCUUAUUCCGCGUCGUUAAAGUACCGACAAGCAUGUCGCUCGGUAAUAGUUGCGCACAAACUGCAGUACAUUCAGCACCACCAUUAUCUGCUCAAUCCAUCUGGACCACUGCAGAAUUACGUCGAAGUCGAACGAGACUUCUCGGAUCUAGACGAGAAGAUGAACGCAUUGCUCGCGGAUCCAGCCCGCGCGCAGACAAUCGCCGACAACAGCGUUCGAACAUUCCGAGAGCGGUAUUUAACUCCCGCCGCAGAGGCUUGCUAUUGGAGAGCGCUUUGGCGAGGCUACGGGCAGGUUUCUGAGGAGGCCAGACUCUUCCAUCACACUCGAGCGGACAACAAAGUCAAGCGAGGCCUUCGAUUCGAGACCUUCAUGCUUCUUUCGAGCGACGAAAUGAUGGACUACAAGAGCAGCGAAGGGUGA